UAUGCGCCGUCCGUUUUUAUUGUCGCUUUAUAAGUGACAGUGACCGUAAACAGACGACGUUUUCCUGGUCUUCGUCUUUUCACCACAGACCCAGGCUACCCGUUUGUUUCAGUUUAAGGCUUUGGCUUUUGAGAAUUUCAUACGAUACGUGUUGACAUUGCAGCAUCAAGAUGUCGUACAUGCUACCCCAUCUCCACAACGGCUGGCAGGUCGACCAAGCCAUUCUAUCCGAGGAGGACAGAGCCCUGGUUAUUAGGUUUGGACACGAUUGGGACCCGACAUGUAUGAAAAUGGACGAAGUAUUGUACAGUAUAGCUGAAAAGGUGAAGAACUUUGCAGUCAUCUAUUUGGUGGACAUCACAGAGGUGCCGGACUUCAACAAGAUGUACGAGUUGUAUGAUCCGUGCACAGUCAUGUUCUUCUUCAGGAACAAGCACAUAAUGAUAGAUCUGGGGACUGGUAACAACAACAAGAUCAACUGGACCAUGGAGGACAAGCAGGAGAUGAUUGACAUUGUUGAGACCGUUUACCGAGGGGCGAGAAAAGGACGAGGUCUGGUCGUAUCUCCUAAGGACUACUCCACAAAAUACAGAUACUGAUUGGUUCUUCCCUUUCCAUUGCUUUGUGUGAAGCCCAAUGGGAGCAAAUAUGUCCUUUCAUUAUGAGACUUUCUUUUCUUUAAAAAAAAAUAAUGUUACAGCCAUGUCAUAUUUUUUCAACAGCAGUUAUGAAAACCACCAUUUAGUUCUCUGAUUUAAUAAAUGUCAUGUUCAUAUUUGAUAUCACUUCAUAGGCCAGUUUCCUAGAAUAAGGCUAGUCCUUUAUUAAAAAUAAUUAUCAAUGAAAAA